UAUGCACGCCUACAGCCCCCGACAGACGGCUACCAAAUCAUGUAAGGUGUACACGAAAAUAUUCCUCAACGCACCCUCUGGAAAAGCGUCAACAUACCUGGAUACAACAGAACCAAGCGAUCUAGCUUCAUCAUGGCGUCGGACGAUCUGGUCAACUGGCGGUUACUCCUGGCGUUCUUUCUCUUCGGACUGAACCAAAUCUUAGUGAUUUAUUUUCUCAAACUGUCGGGAGAGGCAGACCAAGUCUCGUGUGGACUGAGAGAGGAGCCAGCGGUUCGAAUUCGCAGAGAACUACGAAGUAUGGACGACUCUCCCACAUCAGAUGUCACCCAUUCUAACCGGGACGACAAACUGGACACAUUGAAGAGAGCAGACAGAGCUUGGGACAGACUACAAAACGACCUGCACGAAAAAGGCUUGGAAAAACUUUUCGGGGACAAGAAAGAAAAGAAAGGCCGUACGAACCCGAUGUAAGAACACAAACAAAAGACUCACCGGUCAACCAGAUAGCAGACAAUGCAGAACGGACUGGCGGCAACCAUGCAAAGAUUGGACUUUCCAGACACAAAGAAAAAGAAGCCAGAAGGACAGUUCAGAAAAUCAUAUAUAAAAUAUGAUAAAUCAGAAGGCAACACCCCGACCACGGAGUCACUGGGUGCAAUUAUCAUUUACUGUGAUAACUGCUUGAUAUAAUGUACAUUAUAUACAGGGUACUAUGGAUAAUUGUAAUGCACUUACUACGUAAUCUAUAUGCUCUGAUCUUAUACCUUCAUCGGCGUAUGGUACAUUCAACUUCCUCGGGCUUCUUGGUAAAUGCAUCAGUGUAAAAGGAGGUAAAUUAGUUAAAGUUGGUUUGCUAUUCAAUUAUCUUAAGUAAGAAAAUCUACUUACUCAAUGACUUAAAAGUAUACGUGUAUUUCUAUCGCUAUCACAGAAGGGGCAGUAAAAAAAUGUAAUACUAUUAUAUCGAUUCAACGGCCAGGUUGAUCGCCUUGGUGAUAU